GCGACGCGCCGUGCCGCGCCCAGCGACGCCCUGGGCCCUCGGCGGUGCGCCCGCGUUCGCCGCGCUCGAGCUCGUGCGUGGGCGUGUGCGCGUGUGGUGGCGUGAAGAGCGUGUGCAGUGUGCGGUGCCCUCCGUGUGGAGUGUGUGCGCGCGCGUGCGUAGAGGUGCAGCGCGGGUCGUGACCUGUACGCCCUCCGCCCGCCAUGCUCCGCCCACGCGCCUCUUGACCGCAGGCCCGCCCCGACACGGCGCCUCACCGCUCGUAGCGUCCCCUGCCCCGUGGGCGGGCGCCACCUAGGGCCGCCUCUCGGCGGUUCCCGCUGGACGGCCUGGCCCGGACCGCUCCGGCCGAGGGCCGCGCUGUAUUUUGGGAUUCGCGCCGUUGCCUAACUCCGCCGUCGCCCGUCGCCCUCGACUCAGUGCGCGUGCGCGAGUGCGAGUGCGGGCGGGAGAGGCAUGUGCGCGUGCUGUCGGACGUGCGGCGCCCAUCGCGGCGGUGGUGGUUUGUGAGUUGAGUGGGAGUGGUGGUGGUAGUGGUAGAGGAGGAGCGGCGGCGUGCUUCGGUGGCGCCCGGAGACUGCGGUGCCCCACGGCGGCCCUCUGCUGCUAGCGGCGGGCGGCCCGGGAGCGUCAUGCCAUGGACUACCAGUGCAUCAUCGUGUACACCAUCAUCACUAUCCUCCCCAACCGGCCGCUGCCGGCGCCGGAGCUCGAGCCCGCCCCCGCGCCUUCCGGACGGCGCCACGCCUGCUGCUUCGCCUGGGUCAAGUGCUGCCUCAAGAGAGCUGUGGCUGCAUAUCUCAGGGCCCUCAAUCUCAGCCCAAACAAUGCUGUUGUACAUGGCAACCUUGCUUGUGUGUACUAUGAGCAAGGACUUAUUGACCUUGCCAUUGAUACAUAUCGCCGGGCUAUUGAAUUACAACCUAACUUCCCAGAUGCAUAUUGCAACUUGGCCAAUGCCCUUAAAGAAAAAGGACAGGUUGUGGAGGCAGAGGAGUGUUACAAUACAGCCCUCCGCCUCUGCCCAACUCAUGCCGACUCCCUCAACAAUCUGGCCAACAUCAAGCGGGAGCAAGGCUACAUCGAAGAAGCCACUAGGCUAUACCUGAAAGCUCUCGAGGUCUUCCCUGAAUUCGCAGCAGCCCACUCCAACUUGGCAUCUGUCUUGCAACAACAGGGCAAGCUCAAUGAAGCUCUCAUGCAUUACAAGGAAGCAAUUCGUAUUCAACCAACUUUUGCUGAUGCUUAUUCUAACAUGGGCAAUACUCUUAAAGAGAUGCAAGAUAUUCAAGGGGCUCUUCAGUGUUACACACGUGCUAUUCAAAUUAAUCCUGCAUUUGCUGACGCACACUCCAAUCUUGCUUCUAUUCAUAAGGACUCUGGCAACAUCCCAGAAGCUAUACAGUCAUAUCGCACUGCACUGAAAUUGAAACCAGAUUUCCCUGAUGCUUACUGCAAUCUAGCUCAUUGCCUUCAGAUAGUGUGUGAUUGGACAGACUAUGAAUCACGAAUGAAGAAACUUGUGUCCAUUGUAGCAGAACAAUUGGACAAAAAUCGCCUACCAUCUGUUCAUCCUCACCACUCCAUGUUAUAUCCUCUGUCUCAUGAAUUUCGUAAAGCUAUUGCAGCCCGACACGCCAACUUGUGUUUGGAGAAGAUUCAUGUUCUGCACAAACCUCCUUACAAAUAUCCUAAAGAGCUUUCAGGCACUCGUCUUCGCAUUGGAUAUGUGAGCUCUGACUUUGGUAAUCAUCCAACUUCACAUCUAAUGCAAUCAAUACCAGGUCUUCAUGACAAAGGUCGUGUAGAAGUUUUCUGUUAUGCAUUGAGUCCUGAUGAUGGAACAACAUUUAGAGCAAAAAUUGCACGUGAAUCAGAACAUUUUGUUGACUUAUCCCAGAUACCAUGCAAUGGGAAGGCUGCAGAUCGAAUCAACUCUGAUGGAAUACAUGUGCUUGUGAAUAUGAAUGGCUAUACCAAAGGAGCUCGCAAUGAAAUAUUUGCAUUGCGUCCAGCUCCUGUACAGGUUAUGUGGUUGGGUUAUCCUGGUACAUCAGGAGCAUCAUUCAUGGAUUACUUGAUAACUGAUGAAGUUACAAGCCCAUUAGAAUUGGCUGCACAAUACAGUGAGAAAUUGGCAUACAUGCCUAACACAUAUUUUGUGGGUGAUCACAAGCAAAUGUUCCCACAUUUGAAGGAGCGUGUUAUAGUGACUGACAAACAAAGUGCUGGAGGAAAGAAGGAAGUUGCUGACAAUGUCGCAGUAAUAAAUGCCACUGAUCUUUCACCAAUUAUGGAACACACGCAGGUGAAGGAAAUCAGAGAAGUGGUUUCUGCUGCAGAUCCAAAGCACAGCGGACGAGCAGUGGAGAUUUCAUUGAAAGUGGCGGAGUUGCCUACUACUACUCCAAUUGAGACAAUGAUUGCGUCAGGUCAGGUUCAGACAUCUGUGAAUGGUAUGGUACUUCAGAAUGGUCUAGCAACAAAUCAAACUAACAACAAAGCAGCUACUGGUGAAGAAGUUCCACAGAGUAUUGUUAUUACAACAAGACAACAGUAUGGCUUGCCUGAAGAGGCUGUGGUGUAUUGCAAUUUCAAUCAGUUGUAUAAAAUAGAUCCUCUAACUCUACAGAUGUGGGUUUAUAUCCUGAGGCAUGUACCAAACUCUGUCCUAUGGCUGCUGCGCUUCCCUGCUGUGGGAGAACCGAAUUUACAGGCAGCUGCCCAGCAGCUUGGUUUGCCACCUGGCCGCAUUCUCUUCUCGAAUGUUGCUGCAAAAGAGGAGCAUGUGCGUCGUGGACAGUUGGCAGAUGUGUGCCUUGACACGCCUCUCUGCAAUGGACACACCACUAGUAUGGAUGUUUUGUGGACUGGCACUCCUGUUGUUACCUUGCCAGGAGAAACUCUUGCAUCACGUGUUGCUGCAUCUCAGCUGGCUACAUUGGGUUGCCCAGAAUUGAUUGCAAGGACCCGGAAUGAAUAUCAAGAUAUUGCAAUUCGACUGGGCACUGACCGUGAAUAUUUGAAAGCAAUCCGUGUCAAAGUAUGGCGAGCUCGCACAGAUUCACCACUGUUUGAUUGCAAACAGUAUGCAGUCGGCAUGGAGCAACUGUACUCCCGGAUGUGGGAGCGUUACGCACGGGGAGAAAAAGCAGACCACCUCUCCACCUCUGGAGCAGUAUCCGAGUAAACCACAUGUUCCCUGUGUAGUUGCCCAUGUGCAGGCUAAUGUGCAUACACAGUUGUCAGCCCAGCAGGACUCCUAGAUUCUGUAUAUAUCCACAGACUUGUUUAGUAACCCAGAGCUGGCUUGCAUGGUCCUGUGCCCAGGAGUUCCUGAUUCCAUCUGCAGGUUUAGUUUUGGAACCUACAGUGGAAUUUCUGAUAGAACUUUGCAGAUAUUAUGAUGACUACGUGAAAGCCUUGACUCUUGUUACCUAGUUGCAGGGCAGAUUGUGUUACUAUCUUAUUGUUCAGAUAAGGCAAAAGUAACAAAAUUAUUUUGUGCACAGAUCGGUCAUUUUGCCUGAAAUUUUUUGACAUUACUGUGCAAGUGGUAGUACUUGAUAGCAUUUGUGCCUCUUUCAUGUGAUUGUUCUGUGGCCAUUCAGUGAAGAAAAAUGUUAUAAUUUUAUUGGUUGUGGUCUGUAACAACUUUUAAUUGUGGCAAAAUGGUGAAGUUAACAAAGUGCACUGAAUUUUUUUUAUAUAUACAUAUAUAGAGAGAGACAUAUUUCGUUGAAUUUUAUAUUUUAUAAUUUCCUGCAAAGUUUUAUGGCACAUGUGAUACUGUAAUCAACAGAAACGAGUUAAGUUUCAUUUUGGGGAAGAGAUAGAUUCCGGUGUCAUUAUCCCCUUCCAGCAUUGCUAUUAGUGAAUUAUGUACAAUGUUGAUUUUGUUGAAGACUUAAAAUAUCUUCUAGGAAAUGAAAAUAGAACAUUAUGUCAAUUGUAAAUUAUUUGUGCCUCCAUGUGUGAUGAUUAUUUAUAUACAGGUGUAAUUUUCUCCAGUGUCGCUUCACAAUUUAUAUUUGUCUGAUACAGUUGAGCAAUGGACUCCACUUUUCUUUGUGUUAAGGAAAGUUUGCUGAGUGGGUGAAAACUCUUAGGUGAAUGUUUCGAUUUUUGUGAAUAAGCGCAUUGAUGAAAUGAUUUUGACUGCAAAAGGUAUAUUUUUAAAGACUGUUGCUUUUAGCAAAGUGUGUUAAAUGUCACACCGUGCAUUUGUGUUUUAUUUUUGAAGUUUGCUUGUCAUAUCAAUUUAUGAAUAAACUUACGGUGUGGCUGACAAUGAAACGUGUUAGUGUGAGAAUCAUCUCAGCUUUAUACACUAAGGCUGUGCAUAUUCCUACACCUCAGUUCUUGAGGAAUAGAUUUUUGUAUACCUUAUUUUACCAUGCAUUGUUUUUGAUAUAGGAGCGUGACAUAAUAUUUCUCUUUUCAAGAGUGUUUAAUGUUGUCAGAAGAGUAAUCUAACAUAGAAGCCAACUGUGAAUCAAUAAAAUGUGUUGUAAGCACUGGACAUUGUGUUUGAAAUCAAUCUCUUGGAAUUUUGUUAUCCCCAAGCCCGGCAAGACCUCUCCUUAAUUUAUCCACUUUGUAUUCCUUUUUGAAAAGAUGACUGAGGCGUUUGUUAAGCCAGUUUCCAUUGGGGAUGUGGAACCUUGUGAGAGGUUUGUUUUUGCAUGUGAAAAAGUGAAGUUGAGAUAUUGUUCUUGUGUUACCAUUCACUUGUAAAUAAAACUGAUGAAUAAUUUAUGAAAA